CGUUUCAGGGACUCCCGGCGCGGAGCCGUCCUAGGUCUCGGACCUGCAGCUGCUGGAACGUCUGGGUGCCCGACCGAAUGGAGGAGGAGGAGGAGGCGCGCGCGCUGCUGGCGGGCGGAGGCGCCCCCGAGGCUCCCGCGGCCCCCGCGGCGCUGCCGGCCCUCUGUGAUCCCCGCCGCUUGGCGCACCGGCUGGUGGUGCUGCUGCUGAUGUGCUUCCUCGGCUUUGGCAGCUAUUUUUGCUAUGAUAAUCCUGCUGCUCUUCAGACUCAGGUUAAGCAGGAUAUGCAGGUGAAUACCACGAAAUUCAUGCUGCUGUAUGCCUGGUAUUCUUGGCCCAAUGUAGUUUUGUGUUUCUUUGGUGGCUUUUUGAUAGACCGAGUGUUUGGAAUACGAUGGGGCACCAUUAUUUUUAGCUGCUUUGUUUGCAUUGGACAGGUUAUUUUUGCUCUUGGUGGAAUAUUUAAUGCUUUUUGGCUGAUGGAGUUUGGAAGGUUUGUGUUUGGGAUUGGUGGAGAGUCAUUAGCAGUUGCCCAGAACACAUACGCUGUGAGUUGGUUUAAAGGCAAAGAACUGAACCUGGUGUUUGGACUCCAGCUUAGCAUGGCUAGAAUUGGAAGUACAGUGAACAUGAACCUCAUGGGAUGGCUGUAUUCAAAGAUUGAAUCUUUGAUGGGGUCUGCUGGUCACACGACCCUUGGGGUCACCCUUAUGAUCGGGGGUAUAACCUGUAUUCUUUCACUGAUCUGUGCCUUGGCCCUUGCUUACUUGGAUCAGAGGGCAGAAAGAAUUCUUCAUAAAGAACAAGGAAAAACAGGUGAAGUUAUUAAGUUAACAGAUGUGAAGGACUUCUCCUUGCCCCUCUGGCUCAUAUUCCUCAUCUGUGUCUGCUAUUAUGUUGCUGUUUUCCCUUUUAUUGGGCUCGGGAAAGUUUUCUUUAUAGAGAAAUUUGGAUUUUCUUCCCAGGCAGCAAGUGCAAUUAACAGUGUCGUAUAUGUCAUAUCAGCUCCCAUGUCCCCAGUAUUUGGACUCCUGGUGGAUAAAACAGGAAAGAACAUCAUCUGGGUCCUGUGCGCUGUGGCUGCCACGCUUGCGUCCCACAUCAUGCUGGCGAUGACGUUGUGGAACCCGUGGAUUGCCAUGAGUCUCCUGGGAGUCUCCUAUUCAUUGCUUGCCUGUGCUUUGUGGCCAAUGGUGGCGUUUGUUGUUCCUGAACAUCAGCUGGGAACUGCAUAUGGCUUCAUGCAGUCCAUUCAGAAUCUUGGGUUGGCAAUUAUUUCCAUCAUUGCUGGCAUGAUACUGGAUACCCGGGGAUAUUUGUUUUUAGAAGUUUUCUUCAUUGCCUGUGUUUCUUUGUCACUUUUAUCUGUGGUCUUACUCUAUUGGGUGAAUCGUGCCCAAGGUGGGAACCUAAAUUAUUCUGCAAAACAAAGAGAAGAAGUAAAACUUUCCCAUACUGAAUGAGAAGUUUAAAUGACUGUCAUGAGUAUGGACUGUACACAUCAUUGGUUGAAACCACUUUUUAAAGAUUUAGAAUUUAGUCAUUAGGGGAAAUAAUGGUCUGGAAUGUUAUUGUAUUUCAGAUAUACCUACUUCAAGGUAUAUUUGUGAGGACUAUUUUAGCCUGUGUCUUUGUCUUGUGGGUUACUGAAGAAUUCUGCUUUGGAACAGAUAAUCACAGUGACAAGUUUAGAAGAUCUCUCUGGAACGUGCUGAUGAACCUCAGUGAGGACAGUAAACCAUGGAGAACAUUGGGUCUUAUAUUGAGAUGGUUUUCACAAAGUUUAUCUUAGGUAUAUGGUCUUUUCUUUAUCUUAAGCA